GCCUCCGCUCGCCACCCUCGUCGUUCCCCUAAUCUCCCUUUUGUCCAUUGGUUGCGCUCUCGUUCCUCCUCACCUUCUCGUGCUCGGUCGCCACAACCGUCUCACGGAUUCCAUCCGAAAGAGUGAGAUUUACACCGAUUGAUCACACCUCGAUUGGUCGCCCUCGCUGAGCGCUUUCAGACGAUCUCUGAUUCGCCGUAGAAGGUGGCCUUCAACCCCGGAAUCGAAUCCUAGAAAACCUCGAUCAAAAACCUAACCUUAGGAGCGGUGAGAUUACUCCAUCCGUUCGGAAGAACUCCGCAGAGGCCGCCGGCCAUAUGCGCGUCCCUGGAUCCAGUCGAUUCUUCUUGAACCCCAGCGAGAAGGAAACCCUAGCUCGGAUGGCGAGGGACCGCCCCCGCGGAGGCCGCGCGACGGAAGGGGAGGCGUCCGACGGCGACUCGUCGGAGUCGCUGGAGGAGAUCUCUGCUGAUGAUUUCAAAAAGGACACGAGGACCGGGAGAUCUGGGGUUUGGAUGGGGUACCGCAUGUCGAACAACUACGGACCCAGCCUCUACAGCUUUGCGUGGGCGCAGGCCGUGCAGAACAAGCCGCUGGGGUUGGAUUUGAUGCCAAUGACGGGUGGUGAUCUCGCCUCGAAGAAUGACACUAGUGAUAGGUCCGCGAAGGAGGAAUCUUGUGAUGUGAUUGUAGAGGAUAUCAGUCAGGAUGGCGAUGAUGGAAUGGAGUUGGAGGAAGGGGAGUUGGAGGAAGGGGAGAUUGAGCUUGGGAUGGAGCCCGUGGCUGAUGAAAUGACAGAGGUUUCUUCUGAUAAACUGGAGAAUGAGCCAGAAAAGAAGGAAACUGAUGGGGAGGAAUCAGAAGAUAUGGGGGAUUUUGACAGGCGUGUGAGCCUAAUUCUGGAGGAGUUAGAGACCAUAACCAUCGAUGAGGCAUUGGCAUCCUUCGAGGAUGUAUGUUUGCGAUUGCGUAAGUCUUUUGAAGACUUGAAACCAAUGUUUACAGGGAUAGAGAGCUCAGACACAGUGCUAAAUGCUCUUGUCCAACAGGCUUUUAUGGGAAUUCAAACAGCUUAUUCUGUGCUUAAUUCAGAUACUUUUCAGAGAAAGGAGCUGAAUCAACAAUUGUUGUUGAGGUUGCUGAUUCACAUAAAAAACCAGUAUUCUGUUCUUUUAACAUCUGAACAAGUAAAAGAGAUCGAUACUCUAGUUAAUUUAUUAGUUUUUGAGGAUCAUAAUAAAAAGAAAGAGCAGCAUGGUGGGAUUGGGAACAACAAUUUGAAUUUGUCUAAAGAACCUGGCGUCUCUUCUGAUGGUUUAGUUUCUUUGGGAAAACCAUAUUUGGCUCCAAAAGCAGUUAGUUUGCCAAUGCUGGGGUUACCUAUGCCCCCUAGGAAUAGAGUGGAGUUUAGUCCAUUGCUGGAUCUUCAUGCAGAUUAUGAUGAAGAUAGUCUUCCUUCUCCCACACGAGAGACCAUGCCACGAUUUCCUGUACCAAAGCCCGUUGGUCAUGCAAUGGUGCCAGUUUUAUCUUCUCAGUCAUUAACUGCCAAAAGUGAAGAAGCUGAAGGUGCCACGUCACAAUUAUACGUAACUGAUGCUCUUAAGGCUGUCUCAUUUUACCAACAGAAAUAUGGAAAGAAUUCCAUUUUGUCAAAUAACCGGCUUCCAAGCCCAACUCCCUCAGAGGAGGGUGACAAAGAUGAUGAUUCUCAUGAAGAAGUAUCCAGUUCUUCAGUUGCUGGUAAUGCCAAAACUUUUUAUACAGCAACACAACAGGUUUCCAAGUCCAGCAGCAAUGCUACCCAUACAAAUAGCUCACCUGUGGAUCGUUGUCCUGUUAAGCUGGCUGAGCAAGUUCAGUCCGGAACUAAACCUGCUGUAAAGCCUGCAUUAAAGAGGAGAGAUCCAAGGCUUAGGUUCAUGAAUAAUGAAGUCAGAGGCCCUUCAGAAGAAAGGAGUGGUAUCAGAUGUAAUGCCCCAGAUGAUGGUUUUUUGGGAGGAACAAUUAAUGCUAGGAAGCACAAGAUUGCUGAUGAGUCUGCUGCUGUGGUGGACCAGACCAUGAAAAGACAGAGAAAUGGAUCUAUGAGCUCCAGAAAUAUGCAUGUAAUAUCAGGUAGCAGUGAGUGGUUAGAAGGCGAUAGUAUUAUUCCUCAACCAAGUGAAAGGAGUCAAGUAAAUGAAAAUUUACAUGCUGAUAUUAGAAAAGCAGGAACUGGAGAAGUUGGUUUUGAUAAAGAACCCAAUUCCAAUGCUAAUUUCAGCAUGUUGAAUGGACUUAAACCAAAUUCUUCAAGUAAUCCUGCUGGUCCUAUUUCUUUGCCUUCAUUGCUGAAGGCUGUAAACCCAACAAUCCUUGUGCAGCUACUUAAAAUGGAACAACAGAGACUAGCAGCAGAGAAUCAACAGAAUGUUACUACCUCAACAAGUGAUAUAACAAAUGUUUCAAGUGUCAGUGGAUUACCUGGGGCAGUUUCUUCAGUAAUUUCUACUCCAGUUAGGUCCAAUGAACCUGGACAAAACCAACUAGGAAUAUCUCAGGUUUCUCCACAAUCAGCUUCCAUGAGCUCUCAAAAUGACCUGGGGAGGAUUCGCAUGAAACCUCGUGAUCCUCGCCGUAUUUUGCAUAAUAAUAUCGUUCAGAAGAAUGAGGUUGUUGCGUCUGAACAGAACAAUAUAAAUGGAGCCACUGCUGGUCCUCAGGGCACCAUGGGACAUUUAACUGCCAGGGAGGCAGGAGAGCAGGCACAGUCCAACAUUUUGCCUACUCAAUUUAGUCCCCCACCUGAUAGGUCUGAGGAGUUAACCAAGAAUCUUCCAACCAUUGUUUCUAGUUUACAGCUAACUACCACUUCCCCAACAAUCCCCCACGGUAACAGCCAACCAAUCUCAAGUAAAGGUAAUCAGAUGGAUGUAAAGUUGGCUUUGGCAGAGGUGAAUGACCCAAAGACCGUGUCUGAUGUGCUUUCCGAAAGAAGUGCAGGAGUUUCAGAAUCAACUAACCUUUGGGGGGAUGUAGAUCAUCUACUUGAUGGGUAUAAUGAUGAACAAAAAGCAGCUAUCCAGAGAGAGAGAGCAAGAAGGAUUGUGGAACAGAAUAAAAUGUUUGCUGCUAGGAAGCUUUGUCUUGUCCUUGAUCUGGACCACACACUCCUUAAUUCAGCUAAGUUUGUAGAAGUUGAUCCAGUUCAUGAAGAGGUUUUGAGGAGGAAAGAAGAACAAGACAGGGAGAAGCCACAACGACAUAUUUACUGUUUCCAGCAUAUGGGAAUGUGGACAAAAUUGAGACCAGGCAUCUGGAAUUUUCUGGAGAAGGCUAGCAAGCUCUAUGAACUGCAUUUAUAUACCAUGGGGAACAAGUUGUAUGCCACUGAGAUGGCAAAGGUGCUUGAUCCAACUGGAUCUUUGUUUUCUGGACGUGUCAUCUCAAGGGGAGAUGAUGGUGAUCCAUUGAAUGGUGAUGAAAGGGUUCCCAAAAGCAAGGAUCUUGAUGGGGUUUUGGGUAUGGAAUCUGCUGUGGUGAUUAUUGAUGAUUCUGUGAGGGUCUGGCCGCAUAACAAACUCAACUUGAUUGUUGUAGAGAGAUAUACUUUCUUCCCCAGUAGUAGGCGUCAAUUUGGACUUCUCGGGCCUUCACUUCUUGAAAUUGAUCAUGAUGAAAGGCCAGAAGAUGGGACUCUUGCUUCUUCGUUGGCGGUCAUCGAACGAAUUCACCAGAACUUCUUCUCACAUCACUCCAUAAAAGAUGCUGAUGUUAGAAAUAUACUUGCCUCAGAGCAGCGCAAGAUUCUCACUGGUUGUCGUAUUGUUUUCAGCCGGGUUUUCCCAGUUGGGGAAGCCAAUCCACAUCUACACCCCCUUUGGCAGACAGCCGAGCAGUUUGGUGCUGUCUGCACUAGCCAGAUUGACGAACAGGUUACUCAUGUUGUUGCCAAUUCUCUUGGAACCGACAAGGUGAAUUGGGCUCUCUCUACUGGAAGAUUUGUUGUUCAUCCUGGCUGGGUAGAAGCUUCAGCCCUUCUCUAUCGGCGGGUGAACGAGCAUGACUUUGCAGUCAAAGCUGUGACAUGAUAAGCUCAUCAUACACAAACACAGAAACACACUCGGCCUUUGUUAUCUAAAGAUCAGGGUAGAAUCUUCACCCCUUCUCUACUGGUGGGCGAAUGAACAUGAGUUUGCGGUUAACGCUGUGACAUGAUCAGCUCAUCAUACACAAAUCCAGAAGCACACUUGGCCUUCGUUAUAUAAAAAUCAGCUCAUCAUACACAAAUCCAGAAGCACACUUGGCCUUCGUUAUAUAAAAAUCUCCGAUCAGAGGCAGUUCACAAACUGGGAACGCACACGGCUAAACUGACCUUUGGUUCCAAGAAAAGCUGUGAAUACCAAUAAUCAAUUCCAAAAGCUGAAGGGAGUAAUUUUGGUGGGAAAACCAAGGGGCAGAGUGAGGAAGACGAGGAUGAUGGAAGGGUGGUGAAAUGUGUGAAUGCAGGGCUAGAAAAGUUGGUCUUCCUUCCACUGCAGUUCGGUUAUGGAUCGAAAGAAGUCUUGCGUUUUAUAGCAUUUAAGCAACGUUCCCAAUGUAGAGCUUCAAAAAAUGUAACAGUCUGUGUCUCUUAAAAUCGAGGGUCUUAGUUUGAAGGAACAAUUGAGAAAAGGCGCUGGGGUAUGUGAAUAAUCUUGGUGUACCAAAGUAACAGGUAGAUUCCCCAGGGUUGAUAUGGUCACCUAAUUCAAUGAUUCGAGGUUGCAUCAGCCAGUGAUUGUUAAUGGGAAACAUCCUUGUCUGGGUCUCAGCACCCGUGGCUCUCUCUAUAGGAAGGGGUAUCAGACAAUGUGGAGACAGAAUUGAGCGGCCGAUCUUCACUGUAAGCAUUUGGCAUGCCCCUUUCUUUCUUGGAUUUACUGUUGAGAAGUUUGUAAGCUAGAAGUAAAUGGCACCUCAAGGAAUAGCAUUUUUUUUUUAUACAUGGAUUAAUAUAAAAAGAAGAAAAUGCUAAAGAA